CCUAGAGCCCGCCUCCCAGAAAGACUGCCGGCGCAUGCGGCCGGGACUCAUCACUGGCUGCCCGGGGCUCACCGCGAGAGUCGCCGGCCUAGCUCUGUAGUUGACGGGAGGAUCUGAAGCCGGCCUCAGAUCAAAAAGGAAAAUGAAGUACAUUUUAGUUACUGGUGGUGUCAUAUCAGGAAUCGGAAAAGGAAUCAUUGCCAGCAGUGUGGGCACAAUACUGAAGUCAUGUGGCUUACAUGUAACUUCAAUUAAAAUCGACCCCUACAUUAACAUUGAUGCAGGAACAUUCUCUCCUUAUGAGCAUGGUGAGGUUUUUGUGCUGGAUGAUGGUGGGGAAGUGGACCUGGACCUGGGUAACUAUGAGAGGUUCCUUGACAUCUGCCUCACCAAGGACAAUAAUCUCACCACUGGAAAGAUAUACCAGUAUGUCAUUAACAAGGAGCGCAAAGGAGAUUACCUGGGGAAAACCGUCCAAGUUGUCCCUCACAUCACGGAUGCAAUCCAGGAGUGGGUGAUGAGACAGGCGUUAAUACCUGUAGAUGAAGAUGGCCUAGAACCUCAAGUGUGUGUUAUCGAGCUUGGCGGAACAGUGGGAGAUAUUGAAAGCAUGCCUUUCAUUGAGGCCUUCCGGCAGUUCCAGUUCAAGGUCAAAAGGGAGAACUUUUGUAAUAUCCAUGUCAGUCUAGUUCCUCAGCCAAGCUCAACGGGAGAACAGAAGACGAAACCCACCCAGAACAGUGUUCGAGAACUUAGAGGACUUGGACUUUCCCCAGACCUGGUUGUAUGCAGGUGCUCAAAUCCUCUUGACACAUCAGUGAAAGAGAAAAUAUCAAUGUUCUGCCAUGUCGAACCUGAACAAGUAAUCUGUGUCCAUGAUGUCUCAUCCAUCUACCGGGUCCCCUUGUUGUUAGAAGAGCAAGGGGUUGUAGAUUAUUUUCUUCGAAGACUUGACCUUCCUAUUGAGAGGCAGCCACGGAAAAUGCUGAUGAAGUGGAAAGAGAUGGCAGACAGAUAUGAUCGCUUGCUGGAGACAUGCUCUAUUGCCCUUGUGGGUAAAUACACGAAGUUUUCAGACUCGUAUGCCUCUGUCAUUAAAGCUCUGGAGCAUUCCGCAUUGGCCAUCAACCACAAAUUGGAUAUCAAGUACAUAGAUUCGACUGACCUGGAGCCCAGUACCCUGCAGGAGGAACCUGUGCGCUACCACGAGGCUUGGCAGAAGCUCUGCAGUGCUCAUGGAGUGCUGGUUCCAGGAGGAUUUGGUGUUCGCGGUACUGAAGGAAAAAUCCAAGCCAUCGCCUGGGCUCGGAAGCAGAAAAAGCCUUUUUUGGGUGUGUGCUUAGGAAUGCAGUUGGCAGUGGUUGAAUUUUCAAGAAAUGUGCUGGGAUGGUCAGAUGCCAAUUCUACAGAGUUUGACCCCAAGACCAGUCAUCCUGUGGUCAUAGACAUGCCAGAACACAACCCUGGGCAGAUGGGAGGAACCAUGAGGCUGGGCAAGAGGAGAACCCUGUUCCAGACCAAGAACUCGGUCAUGAGGAAGCUCUAUGGAGACCCAGACUACUUGGAAGAGAGGCACCGCCAUCGCUUUGAGGUGAAUCCAGUCUUGAAAAAAUGCUUGGAAGAGCAGGGCUUGAAGUUUGUUGGCCAGGAUGUUGAAGGGGAGCGGAUGGAGAUUGUGGAGCUGGAAGAUCAUCCUUUCUUUGUUGGAGUUCAGUACCACCCUGAGUUCCUGUCCAGGCCUAUCAAGCCCUCCCCACCCUACUUUGGCCUCCUCCUGGCCUCUGUGGGCCGGCUCCCACAUUACCUCCAGAAAGGCUGCAGGCUCUCACCCAGGGACACCUACAGUGACAGAAGUGGGAGCAGCUCCCCUGACUCUGAAAUCACUGAACUGAAAUUUCCAUCAAUAAACCAUGACUGAUCUGCUAAUGGAUGAUUCUUCAAGAGAGCCUUUGACUUUGACAAGAGUUUACAGCUAUGAUUUUACACUCGGCUUUUGACACUUCCUUUAAAUUAUGUUUUUAUUAAGAUUAUUUUAUUACGGGAGAAAGGUAUUUGGAAAACUGUCAUUUGCAUGUCGCAUCAUGUACACUGGCUCCAGGCCCGCUUGCUGCUCAGUCCUUCCUGUGCAGGUCGGGAGGCUGUGAGAUGAGAAGCCCACAUUGAGACGGGUGCUGAUGACAGGGGCUGGUGGAGGCCCGUUGACCACCUUGUUUCUCCAACUACCUCGUGUCACUGUGGAUUCGAGCGUGUUGCCUGUUGCUUCCCUUGGGUACCCAGGCCGUUGCUCAGUGCCACGUGCUGGAGCAGACAUGGGAGGAUCACUGUAGCUGGUGCUUCCCCUGUGGGGUGCUGGUGACUUCCUGUACUGCCUGUCACCGAGAGCAGUGAAGCCAGAGCUAAGGCCUCAGUACUGCUCUGGGUUGUGGAAGCUCUUGGUACCAACUGUGGCUGGUCCUCAUCAUCCAAAGGAUCAGUCUGUUUGGUGUCACAUGAUGCAGCAAGAAGUUGGUGUCUCUGAAGUAUGAUUUUAAAACUCUGCACCUCUGGCUGCAUCUCCUGGUCCUGGGGUUGGGAAACACUCCUUGCAUCAAGGGGUCACUUUAAAAAAAAAAGGAUCUUUGUGGGGAAACUGCCUCUAAAACCCUCUCAUAUA